AUGGCGAUUCCAACGAUUCUCACCGUGGAAGAACCAGAACGGGAUCUGUACGGCCGCGUGAAGGAAAAAGCCGCAAUCUCCGUCGCUAACGAUCAGUGCAUGGAUUUGGCCACAGCAAUGCGAGGAAGCGAGAAGUCUCACGUAAUUCUCGUACAUGCACGUCUUCGAGGAACGGAUAAGGCAAGAGGGCGGCUUCUUCAUAUACGGAAAGUUCGACUCAGUCCCGUCGGCGAGCCCUGGCCAGCCAUUGUGGACGCUUUCAGCGAUUUGUGUGUACAGUGUCUUGCUUCCGAAAGACGAUCGAAAAUACGGAAGGCGCUUUGCGAGGAACUAGAAUCAGACGUCAAUCAACUUUCACAUUUAAUUCCCAACUUCAAGGCGCUCGUUGACGGCUUUCUUGAAUCGGAUGACGACACUGAGGGAAAUGGAGAUUGGAAUGACAUCCGAGCAUCAUUCAGGCGAAACGAAUUUGGGUUUACCCGCAUAAAACUCCUCUUUCAACGAUUCCUCAGAGCAAUUUGUCACCCCAUCUCCUCCCGAAUAGUUUUGUUGCUUGACGACGUGCAAUGGGCAGACCAAUUGAGUUUGCUUCUGAUAGAGGCGCUCUUAUCCGAAGGCGAGCCUGUAAGCGGGUUUCUGUUAGCUAUCACAUCUGAUGAACCAGGACUUUUUCGACGAGCUCAGGUCAAUAGAGAUCUCGUAAAUGCUACCAAAAUUCGUAUUCGCAACCUUUCCAAGAAUGAUUGGAUCGAGAUGACAAAGCAAACCUUGAAGAAAGCGAAAAGCUACAUUGCAGCCGAAGAAUUGGAUAUUCUCUUCAAAAAGACUAUGGGCAACCCUUUCUUGACCGUUCUUUGUGUAAAGGCAAUAGACGAGGGAGGCUUGCUUAAGGAAUUAGAAAUUGAAGCUGACAACGGUGUAAAAGCUGGAAUUUUGUCAGUGAUUAAGGGCCGCCUGAGCCGAUUGGCAAAGCCAGCUCAAGAUGCUUUGUUUUUGGGAGCCUGCUUUGGACUGAGGUUUUGCAUGGAUUGGGUGGCUCCUCUUGUCCCGACAUAUGGAUCAACACGAAACGCUUCUCUGCAACCGGACGUCAUGCCUUUAAAUUGGGGCUCGGGACGUUUGGACGACUCAGAGCAUUUGUCUGAAAGUGAACUCAAGGAGACAUUGAACGAAGCUAUCGUUAACGGCCUGGUCACUAAACGAUGCGGUAUCCCUUGGUACGAAUUCACUCAUCAUUCUAUCCGCGAUGCGGCCUAUGACCUUUUCAGGAAUAGUUCGUGCGAACACACGCUUCGAAAGGUGAGGUUUUCCUCUAGCUCCGAGGACGAUACUAUUCUAUGGACAGCAGUGGAUCAUCUGAAUCUAGGUUCUUCUCAGCUGCAUGAGGAGCGCAAGUUGAUUGAACUUGCUCGUCUCAAUGGAAGGGCAGCAGAAAAAUCAAUGCUAAAGUUAGCGUUCUUCUCGGCUGCCCAGUAUGCGUCAGCUGGUUUGGAAAAGAUAGGACGAGUUGGAGGAUGGCAAACAGACUUUGCUGUGACCUGGGAGUUGAGCACGCAUUUAUGUCGAAUGUACAGUUGCCUCGGUGAGCAUGAAGCUUGUAAGAGAGUCGCCAACGAUGUGGUGUCCCGCAGUUCGUCCAUUUUUGAAAAGCUUGGUGCUUUCGAAGCUGUCAUGGAGUCUUCUCGAGUUGAAGGGAAUGUAGAGGAAGCAUUCAACAUAGGGUUUGACGUCCUCAGAAGCUUGAAUGAACCUUUUCCCAACAGAGUUAGCAAAGCGCUUUUAAUUUGGGAAAUUGUCAAGACAAAACGUAUCUUGACCCGGAAAACAUUAAAGGAUUUGUCAGGCCUACCAAAAAUGGCUGACGAAAGAGCAUGUGCUACGGUUCGGUUUCUAAAAUUACUAUCCCUCACCUUCUUUGCCAUGGGAAACUAUUUCAGCUACUUUGUGGCAUCGUUGAGAAUCGUCAGACUGAGCACAAAGUACGGUGUUGCUCGGGAAUCUCCAAAAGCAUUUGUGGUCUUUGGGAAUAUUCUAUCCCAAACAAGUCGACACUUCAACGAAGCUAGCCGAUACAUGUCCGUUGCGCUGUCUUUAGGUGAAAAGGCGGGCAAAUCUGGAAGAGCGCAAUCUCUUGCCGUUGGAAGUUGGAUCUUGACGCCUUUGCAAGGCACCGUCUCGGAAGCAGUUGGUCAAGCUCUGUAUGGAUAUCGGCUCGCAAUGGAGUGUGGCGAGGUUGUGUGCGCGUGUACCUCAGUUCUUUCUUAUUGUGGCCUCUAUUUUUGGAGUGGACUUCCUAUACCACCCCUAAUGAAAGAUCUUCCAACUUUCCUGACCAUGCUAAGCGAAUAUAAGCAGACCGUGCACGAAGUAGGACUCUCCUCACUGAUGUAUUUCAUUCAGACAUCAACAGCGGAGACCAAUCCGACUGAUUUAUAUGACGAUACCGUAUGGAUGGUCAGAUGUCAGAAUGCAGGAGCCGCUAUUCAAGUCAAUACCAUUUGUCUAUACCGCAUAAUAUAUGCUUAUUACAUGCAAGAUCUCAGUUCAAUACGAGCUUCUCAACUAGAUGCGCACCGAGCUGUAAAGGUACAAUUGUCAAGAACUUUGCAAGUUGUCGUGUGCUGGCUUUUUGUGGGGCUCUCCGAUUUCUUCUUAGCACAGUCUGGGUGUGGCAUUGAGUUUCAACGAAGUGGCCAAAAGAUUUUACGCAUGAUGCGUCGGUUGGUCGUCAAAGGGGACAGCAAAUGCGAGCAUAUGUUCAUGUUCCUCAGGGCAGAAAAGUACAAACUUGUAUCAAAACAGAGCAAUGAAGUUCUAAAAUCCUACGACGAGGCCAUUUCUGGAGCCGGACAGGCUGGAUUUUUCAACCAUGCGGCCUUGGCGAACGAGCGCGCCGCACUAUACUGUUUAGCGCGUGGAAAGGAAAAGAAAGCGGCUCAAUAUUUCCAAGAAGCCUGGCAAGGGUACCUGAACUGGGGAGCCCAUUCUAAAGUUGACCAGCUUGGGGGGUGGUACUCAGCAUACAUACAACAAAGUUCUAGAAAAUAG